GGGUAUAGUGUAGCGUAGCAGUAGGCGUCAGCUUCUUGAUCGGUCUGCGAAAAGACAGAUACGAUUACCCAGAAUGCGCAAAAACGUCUUAUGCUGACGACAAGGUUCUUCGCCCGUUUACUACCGUUGCUAUCACCGCACUUAGAGCUGUGAAGGAGUCGCUAAUAAUGUAGGAUGAUUGCCUUAUAAUUCAGGCGGGAACGGCUUUCCUUUGCCUCCAGUUGAGCCCAGUUAUAUCUUACCAUGUGCUGGGCACCCUACUUCCCCCCCUCCUACUGCCGCCUUGAAGGAUGUGCAUAAUCGCCGAUCUGCCAUGUUGCCCAUGGAGUCCCCAUUCAGUUUGAUGAAUUUUUCGCCGUUACGCGCACGCUACGAGCGAGGAACUCAUCCGCUUCGAAAUCUCUAUUGGAUGGACACGCGUAAUAACCUGAAAGAGGUUAUGAUUCAUCGUUUGAUGAAUGGAAUGCAACGUAGAAAUAGCUUUGCGAAACUUCUGGCGCGUAUUGUGUCACAAAGUCAGUCGAUAUCAAACCCUGGAGUGUAAAUCGAACUUCUAUAUUGAAGCAUGGCUUUAUACCAGCAUCUUCAAAGCCCAAGCCGCUAUGUAUAGCAUUCUACCAUUUCCCGGGCCUUUGACGCUAGAGACUUCGAGACUGCCGAGCAGAGUGCUUAAGUUAUCGGAGAGCUUCCCAGGAAUGAUCCAUCUCAUCGAGCCUGCUCCCGGUCAAUUUGAUUGUUACUUUGCACUAAGCCAUAGGUGGGGUGCAUCAAAAGAGCUUUUAUUAACGCGUAAGACCUUGAAGACGCUGAAGAACGGGAUACUUGCGCAAUUACUGCCAAGAACAUUUCAAGAUGCUGUCAAGGUUACGAAUCAGUUCGGAUGCUCUUAUCUGUGGAUUGAUUCUCUUUGCAUACUUCAAGACGAUAUCGACGACUGGCUUAGGGAGUCCACCUUGAUGGCGAACGUCUACCGCCAAGCAACUUGUGUCAUUGCCGCGCAUUCUGCACAAGAUGAUAACGAAGGCUUCCUAUCCGCGAGCCGAUCGUCUUUCCUUCAAGCUCAUACUGGCCAGAGCUACACCGGCUUCCAUCAACUUGUCAAUGAAAGCGGGCUGUCGCGAAGGGGAUGGGUGUUUCAGGAGCGGAUCCUAUCGAAACGCAUGUUACACUUCACCAGCCACCAUUUGUUUCUAGAAGAUGCCUCUGGAAUUAAUUUGGUGCAGAAAGAGGGUCUCGUACGUCUUUCGGGCGAUUUACCAAAGGACAACAAAUUGAACGUCGAGGACGCUUUCCACAACCCGGCGCAGUGGUAUAUGCUAGUCGAGCGCUACAGCCAUUGCGAAUUGACAUGCGAUAUCGAUAGAUUGCCGGCGAUUACCGGCCUCGCGCGGGUCUUCAAAGAAAUGAGCGGCUCUAGCCGUUUCAUAUUCGGGCUCUGGAGAGAAUCCCUCCAUGUUGGCCUCUUGUGGAUCCAGACCGCCAGGUAUCCCUCUAGGUUGAGAGACGCCUAUCGCGCAGGGUGGCGCUGUCCAUCGUGGUCAUGGGCUGCAUGGAAGGGCAGCGUAGGCUUUCCAUUGUGCGUAGAUGUUCUAGAGUCGUGUAUUAUUCCGCUGCAAGAUCGUCAAUUCCAGCAGGAUAUCAUGAUGCUAGAGAACCUAGGCCCCCAAAAUCCGAUGUUGGAGAUUGCUGGUAAGUUGCGUAUGCUCUCCGACGUCCAGGUGAUAUGUGAGGCAACAGCGGAGGGUGCAGAAAGAUUUGGUGAUAGGCGCUGCGGAUUUGUUUCGACAGUGCCCAAGAUGCAUGGGCUUGCAUUCUUCGAUGGCCUAUAUCGUGGAGACAAGCGAAGAUUUGAGAGAAUAUGGCUAUUACUCAUCGCGAAGCGUUAUGAUAAGCGGCCAUUAGUCGAUGAAGACACGGAAAUGGUUAUAUAUCAGCGUUCCUCGACGUAUUAUUAUCUUAUUUUAGAACAGGCAGACAAGCCUGGAGUCUAUCGGCGCAUUGGCACUGGAUCUCGUUCAGGAGCUAAUUUUUGGGGCAAAGCUGAUCGGACUGCUGUCCUAAUCAUUUAGGUGAGGAUUCUAUAGAGGGAAGGAAGUCUGUAUCGCGAGAUGAGGAGUGGGUGCUAGCUAUGAAAGCAGAAGGAAAGCGUUAUGUUUGUUUAAGAGGCAUUAGACUGAUUCCAGAUGAUGGUCCCUUUGACU